AACCCAACAAUGACUGAGUUGUUAAACUAUUGCCGCAUUUGUUUACAAACAAAACCAACAAAUACUUCCUUAUAUUUGCACGUCCAACAGAAGUAUUUGCCAAGUGUCAUAGAAAAUAUUUGUGGGGUGGUGAUAUCCUCUUUCGAUGAACCAGAGGCAUUGAUAUGCAAAGAGUGUGCUGAGGCCAUAAUCCGGGCGGAUAAUAUAAUACAGAAGUGUCAGGAAUCACAUAAAAUUUUACUACACCAAAGAAAACAUUUACAAUUGGCGGGUAAAGAUGAAAAUAAAGCCCAGCAACAGGAGCAAUGGUUGUUGGGUACAGAGUGCAAACAAGAAAUUGAUUUAAAUGUACAAGAAGAGGAGCAGGAGGAGACCCAAACAUUUCCCCAACAUUAUUUUGUAGAACCAGAAUUGCUGGUAGAAUCUAUAUUGGAGAAUUCUCAGCAUGAUGUACCGCCAGAUCCACAACAAAACAACACAAUUUCUGAUUUAAAUGUUAAAAGUGAGUGUAACGAGAAAAAGGUACGUAAACGACGAUCACGUUUAAAAAUUAAAGAUCAACAGCAAGAGCAAGUAAUAUUAAAUACCGAGGAAAAUCCUGCCGCUUUAUUAUACCAAAGUCAUUUUAAGACGUCGAAACCUAAGAAAACAUUCGUACGCAGCCGAGAGCAAUAUUUAAAACGCAAAAUACGAAAUUACCCGGUAAAAGAACCGCUCAAACUAAUUGGGGGAGCGGGAGUAGUACGCAAACGUAAACCCAAAUCAUAUCACAGAGCCAUACCAAAUUUCUAUUUUCGUUGUGAAUUGUGCCAUGAAUUCGAAUCGAAUGUGGCCUCCUAUGCUGUGACCCAUCUUACCACUGUACAUGGCAUUGAGAGGCCGGCUAUUUUCCGCUGCUCCCAAUGUGACGCCAAGCCAUUUAUAAAGAAUCAAUCUCUGCAGGAGCACAUUGCCACCAUACACGAACAGCAGCCAAAGAAACGUGACUUUGUGUGUCAAGAAUGCGGUAAGACUUUUAUAAAAAAUUGCCAUUUACAAAAACAUUUAUUGUCCGUGCACAAAAUGGGCGAAAUGCCCUACAAAUGCAAUAUACCACAAUGUGGUAAGGGUUAUGUAGACGCUUACGCUUUGCGUAUGCAUAUGAAACAAUCACAUCAUAUUGAUGACGAGGAACAAAUUGAGUCACUGACCACACUGUAUCAAUGUGAUGCCUGUGGUAAAUCGUUUAUGGAUUUGCAGAGCUUAAAUGUUCAUAUAAAAACUGUGCAUAGUGUUGAGGGUUUUAGUUGUUUGCAGUGUGGCUAUAAUUUUAGGCAAAAGGCUCGUUAUGAGACUCAUGUUAGGCGGGCCAAAUGUAAGCCACCCUGUUUUGUAUGUCGACAUUGUGAAAGGACAUUUGUUAAGCUGGUGCAAUUGGAGGAACAUCAAAGAGAGAUGCAUUGAAGCGAA